AUGGACAUUAGUGAAAAGAAAAGCACUCCACAAGAACAAGAAGAAGAUGAUGAUUAUAUCGCACCCAUUGUGUCAUCAUACAACGAGAAAAUCAUCUGCACCCUCUUUAACUGCGUGGACAGGUUGCCCGUGACGCAACAAUGUAUACAACCCCCUGCAGUGCCUACUAUUGUUCUGGUUGGAGACAAAUGUUCAGGGAAAUCUAGCCUUGUUGCAUCCCUUAUCGGAAUCAAAAUUCCAUGCUUUUGCACCAGAGUUCCUAUCCUUAUUAAGCUUCAAAAUCACCACAGUCCUAAACUUGAGUUCUCCCUCGAGUUUGAUGGAAAGGAGAGAACUACUAGUACUGAUUAUAAUGAUGUAGCCUUAGAAAUUACUCGGGCGACUAAGGAAAUUGCUGGCACAACAAGUGGAAUAUCUAACAAGGCUUUGACUCUCAUCCUGAAGAAAAAUGGUUUUCCGGAUCUUACAAUUGUGGAUUUGCCAGGGAUUCCUACUGCGUUAGACAACGACGAAGCUAAUAAUAAGGAGACAUGUGAGCAGAUCAUUAUGAAGUAUAUAACCCCUGAGGACAGGAUUAUAUUGAAUGUUUUAUCAGGCAGUAGUGAUUCAUUGCCUAAUAAAUUUGAAUCAAUGAACAUGUGUAAGAAAGUUGACAAGAAAUGCGGAAGGACUCUAGUAGUUGUCACCAAAGCUGAUAAUGCCCCUCAUAAGUUCCUUAAUGAGCUAGUACUUGACAAAGUUACUGCAAUGGGAUUUAAUUUUGUCUGUGUUAGGAAUAACAUUGACGCUGAGUCUUUUAAAGAAUCCGAGAGUGCAGAGGCCACACUUUUUGAACUUGUACCGCCCACGAUUGACAAGACCUUGUUUGGCAUUCGAGUCCUGGCACGUAAGUUGAUGCUAAUGCAAGCUAAGAUCACUUCAAUAGAUAUCACAAGGAAGAUCAAGGACAGGCUUGAUGCCAAUAUCUCCGAUCUCAAGAAGUUACCUAACCAGCGCUUUAGCUCUGUCGCUUAUGGACUGAAAGAAUUUGAGCGGGAAAUUCUUCUAAGAGGAGAUCAGUUCGAUGAGGACUGUAGUACUAGUCCUAGAAGUAUUGUUGAAAUGCUAUGCUUGCCCAGUAUUCUGCUCAGUUACAUUCAAAGAUUAAUCUUGAAAAGAAAGAAGACUUCUUGA